AUGCCCCCCAAAGCCGCAGACAAGAAGCCAGCCUCCAAGGCUCCCGCCACCGCGAGCAAGGCCCCCGAGAAGAAAGAUGCUGGCAAAAAGACUGCUGCUUCUGGCGAGAAGAAGAAGCGUUCCAAGACGCGCAAGGAGACCUAUAGCUCGUACAUUUACAAGGUCUUGAAGCAAGUCCACCCCGACACUGGUAUCUCCAACCGGGCCAUGUCUAUCCUUAAUUCCUUUGUCAAUGAUAUUUUCGAGCGCGUCGCCACAGAGGCGUCCAAGCUGGCUGCGUACAACAAGAAAUCCACCAUUUCCUCGCGGGAAAUACAGACAUCUGUCCGUCUGAUUUUACCCGGUGAGCUGGCCAAGCACGCUGUCUCCGAGGGUACCAAGGCCGUCACCAAGUAUUCCUCUUCCACGAAGUAA